CGAGGUUUGUGAACAGUGCCAAGCGAGCCAUCGAAGCCAUAGACACUGCAAUGGGUGGAUGUGUGGGAAGCUGACGCAAAUGAAGCAUUUCCUGUGUUAAACAUCAACAUCUUUCAAGACUUCUGUACGUACCAAUCCUGCUCAAUGGGCGCCCCCUAUUCCGAGCAGCUGGGUUUAAAUCCUGACGAAAAAUCCGAUAACGGGAUCUACAUAAACACAGUACCGUUCGAUGAGCCUCAACAUGAACGCCCGGAUUGGCUGCUGGAAGUUGUUUUUAUUCACGAAAUCCUUCACGGUGUUUUUGAUAUACGGCAUGAACAUACGAGGGCAGAUCGCGAUCAGUACAUGAAGCUGUUUUCCUCCAAUCUGAUGUGCAAUAACCCGAUGGAUCCCAACAAUAAUCUCCAUUACUUCGAGAAAAACGACCCAACCGCACCACAUUUCUCAUCGGAUAUGAAAAUGCCUUAUGAUCCUCGCAGUAUCAUGCAUUCGGGCUUUGACGAUUAUUCCAGAAGGGUUGAUGGUACCCCUCUUACCACAGUCCAGCUACAACCCGGAAUGCCGCUCUUUUGGGUCGCCGGACCCAUCCGGGAAACUCCACGCUUACGAUUUUUUGAUGUGGAAAAGAUGCGCACGCGUUAUAAGUGUCCCAGACAGAAUCGUGAGCUUCUCAAAGAGACCCGGGAAACUUAUUUUCUUUUCAAGUGGAUAGUGGACUGCGAAGGCGACCCGUACCAACUGGAAAACUACCUCAGCCCUGCCGAGCUUACCAACCGCAACAUGAUUGAGAAAUGUGCCCGACUUGCCGAAAACUACGGAGUGCUGGCGACGCUAAAUCUGACCGGAAAAAGCUGCAACGUGCAUGACAGUCUCGCUAACUGCCAGUAUAAGCCUCACUCGUCCGGUGAUGUCGCCAUAAUUGGGCGUAGCAACCGCCUCCUACGAACCUUUGACAAGAAGGUAAUUGUGCAGGCUGGGUCGAAGCCGGUCAGUCAGAUCUCCGGUGCCCUUCUGCGAGACCUCUUGAGUGGUGAGUGUCAAGCCCUUUGCCAACUUAUGCCGGGAAUUUGUGUAGCAGCUACGGAGAUAAACAAGGGAAACACCCAUCAGUGUCAGCUGUACUCCCAGUGGCCGACCCGCUUCACCAACACGAUGGAUCCCGCCGUGACGACAUACGUCGUGGAAGACUGGGAUCGGAUGCCUAUAGAUGACUAUAAUUCGUUGGCUUAACAAAACGUCCAAUUAUUUUAACGAACUCAUGAUAGCUAGAGUAGAUUCGGAUUCGUGCCAAAUUUAUCACUACUUUCAGACUCGAAACUGUCAUAACGAUAAGGUUAUUUAGUGGUCAUUUAAAUACACGAAUAGAUUUGAUUUC